UGACAUCAGUGUAAUCUCCAUUAUUGAAUAAGUGCAACUUUCAGGGUUAUUUAUGGCACCCGCGCGCUGUCAUGAAUGGCUGUGGGGGAGCACGUGAUACCAUUAAACUUUGUUUUAUGGCCAGGGAGUUGACAAGCCAAAAUAUAAUUCACAUUGUGUAUUAGAAAGGCCUUGCAGACGUUUAGAAAAGAUCACAGUGUCGGUACGGGAGCCCGAGUAAAUGCUUAUUUAGUUUUGAACAUGGAUAUCGACGCUUCUCGGUGCGCCUUACGUGAUCAGAGUGUCCCUCGAGGUGUGUAUGGCUUCUUACCCGCUAAUAGACUCCCUUCACCUCGAUUGGCCAAAUCCGGUCACAUGGCUGGCUAACUUUAUUCAGUUGACAGCAAGUAGGAGGGCUUUAUGGAGGGAGGAAAAAAGACAACUCGAGAAAAAUUAGUAUUUUCUACCUUCAGAAAUUAAUGGCCAUGAGUUCCUACAUGGUAAACUCCAAGUAUGUGGAGCCCAAAUUUCCUCCAUGCGAGGAGUAUUCGCAAAACAGUUAUAUACCUGAGCAGGGCUCUGGAUACUACAGUCCAUCGCAGGACACUGAUUUCCAGCAUCCAGGGAUCUACUCACGGUCAAACUACUCGGAGCAACCCUACAGUUGUAACACUGUGCAGGGCUCAACAGUACAACCGCGGGGUCAUGUGCAGGAGCAAGGCAGCAAUCCCGGAUCUUUCCCCACUCAAGGCGAGCAGUGCUCUCCGAUCCAAAUAUCCGGCCCGAGGACUUGUGACCAACAACAAAACACAAAGAACCAGAACGGGAUACAGACCAGACAACCUGCAAUAGUUUAUCCCUGGAUGAAGAAAGUCCAUGUUAGUACGGUGAACCCAGAUUUUACAGGACCGGAACCCAAGCGCUCGCGGACAGCCUACACGAGACAGCAGGUUUUAGAACUAGAAAAGGAAUUUCAUUUUAACAGGUAUCUAACCAGACGGCGUCGCAUCGAAAUAGCGCAUACUCUUUGCCUCUCUGAGCGACAGAUAAAAAUCUGGUUUCAAAACCGAAGAAUGAAAUGGAAAAAAGAUCACAAACUGCCCAACACGAAGGGGAGGUCGGCAUCGGCUGCAAAACACAUUCAGAAGGACAACCAGACAGAUAUCACAACUUUAUAAUAGAAAUGGAAACAUCUUACCCCAGAAGUACAGAUGAACUGUGUAUGAUAGACAAUGCUUCGUUUGUCUUUGCAUGGUUUUAAAUUCCUGACAUUCCGAACUUUAAGCUAUUUAAUAUGAAGCAGAAGCACACAUCAUUACCAAACGCAGUAUGAAUGAAUGCGAUGAAAGGAGACUAAAUACAAUUUUAAAUAUUGUUUGUAUGAAGUGGCAGACUAUAGGAGGGCAUCACAACAUGAUUCACGGGCUGCCAUGAGGUAUAUAUUAAAUUAAAAAAGACUGCAAUAUCUAUAUAAAAGCAAGUGAGCUUUAGAAAGCCUAUUCUUUUUAUUACUACUAUUUUAUUUUCGGUGUAAUUACUCCUAAAUGCAUCAUUACCUGUGAUAAAUUCGAUAAAUUAUUUUGUAAAGAAAGCAGUGGCUUAUGACUUUAGCUAAUAAUUUAUUAAACUAUUUGAACAAAACUCAUUAAAUCAUUCAUAUCUGGCCUAGAAAGUAUUCGCAUUUAAUUACGGACAUGGGUAACCAAAAUAUUCGUUUUCUGUAUUGAAAAAUCCUAAAAUAAUUUAGUCACGGGUAUGGCUAACCAAAUUAUUCGUUUUCUGUAUUGAAAAAAAAAAUAUUUAAAUAAUAGAAAGGUCUUAAAACAUUAACUAUUCAAUAUAUAGUAAUAUAGGAUAAACGGAAUAAACCGUUCUUUGACAAUUACUCUUAAACAGGAAGCGCAACAUUUGAAAUCUAUUUUACUUUGUUGACCAUAGUAUUGGAUACCUUGACGGCUAUAAAUCUCACUUGACAGUUUUGUAAACAAUGUACAAUUAAAGCAGCUGUAUAUCUGUCUUCCAGAUGUCAUCAGAAAUUCCUAAAUAAUAGUUCAUUUAUUGUUCCACGUACUUCUGGGUUUUAGCUAAACUUCUUUUUUAAUCUUCCUUUAUUUAUUAAAUGCCAGAAUAAGAAUGUUGAAAGUUUUCGUUUUUAAUUUCUAUGUGAAUUCAAGUGGUCGUUCCUUAAAUAUAUUAUGUUCGGUUAGAAAAAAGUGCAUUAUUUUUUAUUCUAUAUAUUUCUGUAUUUUAUGCAUAUUUUCUACGAGCAUAUUUUCUAGCAAAUGAAUAAUAGAGCUCAUUAAGAAAAGGUUUAUCCUCAGACCACGAAUAUCCUGUUGCAAUAAGAAACAAUGUGUAUAUACGCUAAAAGCAAAUCGGUCUGCUGUUUUGGUUUCAUUAAAAUUUUAUUUUGAGCAACAGAGAUGGGCUUAGCUCUGAAAAUGUGAGUGGAGGUAUUCACGUCGUGAUUAAAGAUUGACUGUUCUACUGUUA